AUGUCGACAGAACCCAACAAGAAUUCCCCGACUCACAAACUACCCACCCACCCACCAAGAGAACCUACUCCCGAAAUUCAACCACCAACCACGAACAAGCCUUCCCUCAACCUCCUGACCUCAGCCACCUGCCCAACUACCUCCCCCCCAAAAUAUCCCGACCCCCGCAACCGCGACACCCCCUUCUUCAAAUCAGCCCAAUGGACAGCAGACGGCACAACCCUCCUAACCCUCACCUCCCACCCCUCCAUCCAAACCUACGUCCUCCCCUCCACCCUCCUCACCCCCCCUCACCCCCCCCUCACCCCAACAUCAACCCUCCCCCUCCCAGAACCAACCUCAACCUUCUCCCCCUCUCCCUACUUCUCCCUCUCUCACCCCUCAACUCAAUACCUCCUCACCGCCACCACCGACCACCCCAUCCACCUAACCCCCAUCUUCUCCCCUGCUUCCCCCCCGCUCGCCUCCUUCUUUUUGAUAAAACCAGAAACAGAAUCCUACCUCCCCAUCACCUCCCUCGUCUGGCCCUCCCCAGGUACUCACUUCAUAACCGGAACAACCAACCUCCUCGCCUUAUUCGACAUCUCCCGCCCUGAUUCCCUGUGCUCUACCCCACUCUUGAAAAUCCCUACCAUCCCCUCCACUCGUCACAUCAGCAAGGGAAAUGGUAUAGGAAUGCGAGGGACCGUUUCCGCGUUGGGGCUUCAGCCGACAGGUGCUGGGGAGGGGAUACUAGCUGCGGGAACUUGGACAAGGUGGGUGGGGUUGUACGACAUCUACCGCUCCGGCAGCGUCAUCGCCAACUUCAGCGUUAAACCCUCCGCUGAUCACGAAGCGGGGAUUAAAGGCAAGGGAGUAGUCCAAACAAUCUGGAGUCCGUGUGGGCGGUACUUGGUUGUGAAUGAAAGAGGGAGUGAAGGGUUGCUGGUUUAUGAUGUGAGGGGGAUGCAUAAACUGCUAGGGUGGUUAUCCGGCAGAGAUGGGACGACAAAUCAGCGACUAGGCGUCGACGUCUUUCCCGAUCAAAACGGCAACGGGUUUGAGGUUUGGGCUGGGACGAAGAACGGGACGGUGGUCAUGUAUGAAGGGGUUGGGAUGAACGAAGGGGAAACGAAGCCGACUUGGGAGUGGGGGGUGAAUGAUGGGGAGAGCGCAGUUGGUGCGACGGCUAUGCAUUCGAGUGGGAGUGUGCUGGCUACUUGCUCGGGGAGUUGGAAGGUGGCGGAUGAUGGUAGCAGUGAUGAGGGUAGCAGCGAUGAUAGCGACAGCGACAGUGAGGAUGACUCGUCAUCCGGGAAAAAGCCAGCUUUUGUCGUCGAGGAAACAAGCCUCAAGGUCUGGAGUAUUGAUGCCAGCAAUGGUGCGGCAGCGCAAGAAUUUGAGCCACUAGAGGGAGAUGUGGAAGAGAAAGAAUGA